CGAUACAACCAAGCUCGAUCCCAUAGUACCGGUGGCGGCUCUAGCAGCGGCAAGCGCGGCUUCGGCAUAUUUUGGGAGCUUGAGCUCGGCUUGCGGGCGAGGUCCUCCUGGACGCUCGCCCUUCUCUCUGCCCCGGCCCCCCAACUCCAUUCAUUAGCAAACCAGCCUCCUGGCUGAGAAGGACUGAGCUAGUAAACCGAGCUCUGGGUCGCCGGUCGGGAGUAGCCGGAUCACAGAACACGCUGUGUGUGUGCGCGCAAAACUUUUUUUCCCCCCUUCCCAACUUUUGGAAACUCAUCCUUUCCAAGGAGUUUUCAUUAGUCUUCAUCAGGACUUCAUAACGAUCGAGAGGAGGGGAAGGGAGACCUUUCUGCGGUCUGGAAAUUUAAUUCUAAGCGGCAAGUCAACCCAAACAAAGCUUGCGACCCCCUCGACCAUCGCCGCCUCCUCCUCCUCCUCUCUCCUCCUCCAGCAAGCGAAGAUCCGGACGCGAAAAGUCAGCUAGCAGCAUCGUUUCCAGCGCCUGGAUUUUCUGCUUUUUUUUUUUCAUUUUCCCCUCUGCCUCCCCUUUCUAUCAGCUCGCCCGAAGACAUUCGUUACUUGGGAAGGCGAUUUCGGCUCCCCCUGCCCACCAAAACAUGCAGAAUUACAAGUACGACAAGGCGAUCGUUCCGGAGAGCAAGAACGGGGGCAGCACUGCCUUGAAUAACAAUCCGACCAAAAGCUCCAGCAAGAAAGCUUUGUUGGUUUGUCUCGACCUCUUCUGCCUCUUCAUGGCUGGAUUGCCAUUUUUGAUCAUUGAAACGAGCACAAUCGCACCCUAUCCACGGGGAUUUUAUUGUAAUGAUGAAAGCAUCCGUUACCCUAUGAAAAGUGGAGAGACCAUCAAUGAUGCUGUUCUGUGUGCUGCAGGCAUUCUUAUUGCCAUACUUGCUAUUAUUAUAGGAGAGUUCUAUCGGAUCCACUGCCUUAAGGAGAAAUCUCGGUCUUUUAUCCAGAAUCCAUACAUUGCAGCAUUAUAUAAGCAAGUGGGUUGCUUUGCAUUUGGCUGUGCUAUCAGUCAAUCCUUUACUGAUAUUGCCAAAGUGUCGGUGGGACGGCUGAGACCGAAUUUCAUUGCAGUGUGUAUGCUAGACUUUACAAAAAUCAACUGCUCCCAGGGCUAUAUACAAGAAUAUCAGUGCCUUAAUCCUGAUGAAAGCAAAGUCCAAGAAGCAAGGAAAUCAUUUUUCUCUGGACAUGCUUCCUUCUCACUCUAUACCAUGCUUUAUUUGGUGUUGUACCUGCAAGCCAGAUUUACUUGGAGAGGAGCCCGCCUGCUGCGCCCGUUGCUGCAGUUCACACUGAUCAUGAUGGCAUUUUAUACAGGACUUUCUCGUGUGUCCGACCACAAACAUCACCCCACAGAUGUACUGGCAGGCUUUACACAAGGAGCCCUGGUGGCAUAUUGUAUAGUCUUUUAUGUCUCAGACCUCUUCAAGCAGAAAACCAAGGUGUUGCAGCCUCCUCCCAUCCGGAGGGAGAUAUUAUCACCUGUGGACAUCAUUGACAGGAACAACCAUCACAACAUGGUGUAGACAUUUGACUUCUUUUUUAUUUUUUUGUUUUUUUUUAUUUUUUUGCAAAAUGACUGCUGACAGCAACUACCUGCUGCUCUCAAUCUCAUCUGACAGUAGAAUGUAGGGAGAGACUUUUGCCUGACUGCAAGGUCUUACUCUGUGGCCUUUUUACUCUUUACAACAUUUGCAUAAAAUGGAUGUUGUUCAGCCAAGUCAGAGGCAACAAUCACAAAACAAGUCAACACAUUGCAGGAAUUUCUAAACGUGCAAUUGGCUGAGUGUUCAUGUUGUAGUGAAUGCUAAAUUGUUCAUACUGUAAUGAACACUAAAUAAUUGUUAGGAAACUGGCCAUCUCUAUUUUCUUUGGUUUUCCAUCCUUCCUUCCUUUCUUCCUUCCUAUGAAGAUUUGUAAUUUUCUGUUAGGAAAGUGGGACGGGGGUAUAGAGAGACAAACCCUCACUAACUAAAUUAUAGCACUAUGUACAAGAAAUAAGCACUGACAUCGAUUGUGGUCACUUUUUAAGGAUAAUCUCUUAUCUAUAUAUCUAUAUAUUUUGCGUUCUUUCCAUUCCAUACUGUGACUUAACUUUGGUUUAGAUGAAGCAUGCCCUGUAAAAUAUUAGAAAAUAUUUUUUCCUAUUGUACAUUCCCCUGAACAAUAAUACCACUUUCUAUCUGAUGAGACAUAAAACAAAAUUGACUUGGCAAACAGAACUCAGCUGAUGUCCCCUGUUUGUAAGAUUCAUUCAGUAUUUGUUCUCGCAAGUGAUACAUCUCUAAACAUUGGAGAAUAGAUAGGAUUAAUCAACUUUAGGACAUUCAAGAUAUACAGAAUUAAAUACCUUUAUUAGGUAUUGUCCAUAAUCCUGUUUGGUAUCUCUGGCCUGUGUUUACUCAAUAGCCCAGGAAAUCUUCCUAUCCACUACCACUAAUGGUGGAACUGUAUUUUGAACAGUCCCCACUCAUAAAAGAUUUUCUGUGUGGACAGUCUUGUUGAUGUAUGUUAGCACUAUGAGGUCUGGGGUUGAAACUCAGAACACUAAUGCUCCAGGCGGGUGACGGACUGCUGGGCAGAGCCGUCUUAUCCUGAUAUUCAGUUAAAACUCUUCUUAAAUUUCCCAUGCCCUGAAGAAAACAGGAGAUUUGUAGCUAUUCAUUACGCCCAUUUUCUCCAUUUUGUCGCUGUUGGGGUGAACUGGACUGCAAUUCCCGUUAUGAUUGGCAGAACUGAAUGAAAUGGAGGAAGUUGUAGGAUAUGCAUUGAGGGCACCAAGUUGGAGUGCAGCUCUCAAGAAAACCAAGGACAGGCAAAGGAAAUGAAUGAGAGCAGAACUAAUUUCUGACCUUGGGGUUGGGGGGAUUCUGAAAGACAGAUGUUUAAAAUUUAUUUUAAGAAGUAAACCGAGCAGGCUAACUAAGCAGACUGGCCUUUGCACAUCUU